CGGACACCAUCUCUUUCCUAUCGGGUUGUUUUACAGGACGGAACCUUUACCGGAAGUAGCCUUGUACCGUAGCUGUCCGUGUGUCGGUUUCCGCGACUGUGCAUUUGUAUUAUAUUCGACUCUGUUACUGUACUGUUCUCUAGAUCUGAAGACGUGAAGUCUCUCGGGAUAAUCUCCAGCCAACACCAUGACGGACCGAUACAACAUCCACAGCCAGCUGGAACAUCUACAGUCCAAGUACAUCGGCACUGGACACGCAGACACCAGCAAGUGGGAAUGGUUAGUGAACCAGCACCGGGACUCGUACUGCUCGUACAUGGGACACUUCGACCUGCUCAACUACUUCUCUGUCGCCGAGAACGAGAGCAAAGCCCGAGUUCGGUUCAACCUGAUGGAGAAGAUGCUGCAGCCGUGUGGACCACCAGCAGACAAACCAGAUGAUUCUUAGACUUUUCUCUGACCGAUGUGUUUUUAUGUAUGGAUGAGUCUUUAAUGCCAUUAUGGUCUGUUUGGACCUCUGACCCAACAAACAAACAAACCCUGUUCCUGUCUGUGCAGUGGUGCAGCUACAAACACUGGCAACCAUGAUGUGUUUGACGUGACGUCAUUAACGUCUGUGUGACCGUUGCUGUAGUUGCUCCUGUUUUUCUUGCUCUGUAAUGUUUUUGGUUAUGAUUAAAUCAUUUUUUCUUAA